GCUUGGGUUUACGAUGGUUUACGAUUUGAUUGGUGCAUUUCUGUGGAUUUCUUCCGUGAACUCCGCUUGACUCGGUGUAGCGUGUGUGAAGAUUAUUUUUGUGCUUAUUUUGUUUGCCGUGACUGAAAAACUUAGCUACAAUGUCAUCAAAAACAAAAAAGAGUGUAACAUCUUCUACAAACAUUAGUGUGGUGUCUUCAGUGCAAAGCCCACCGCAAUCCAGCACUCCUGUUGGUAGCCGCCCUUCUAGCUCUGCCGGCCGGCCCAACAGUCCCCUAAGUCCAACAAGACACAGCCGUCUUCAGGAAAAAGAUGCCCUCCAAAAUCUCAAUGACCGUCUGGCGGCAUACAUCGACAAAGUCCGUCAACUGGAAAGUGAAAAUUCUGGACUACGCCGGGAGAUCCAAACCACACAGGAGGUGGUUACCCGCGAGGUUUCCAAUAUCAAGGGAAUGUACGAACAUGAGCUCCAGGAUGCCAGAAAAUUGUUAGAUGACACAUCUCGUGAGAAGGCCAAAUUGGAAAUUGAUUUGAAGAGGUUGUACGAGGAGAAUGACGAUCUGAAGAAGCGACUAGACAAAAAGACCAAAGACUGCACACAGGCAGAGAAUCUAGCGCGUCACUACGAGACCCGCUUCACAGAGGAAAGCAACAAAUACAACACAGCACUUGCUGAUAAGAAGAAAGCUCAAGAUGAAGCCAGAGAACUGGCCAAAGAACUGGAGAAACUGCGCAAGGUGUACGCCGAUACGCGCAAGACUUUGGAAGAGGAGAUGCUUUGCCGCAUCGACAUGGAGAACACCGUGCAGAGCCUCCGCGAGGAGCUGUCGUUCAAGGACCAGGUGUUCCAGCAGGAGCUUCAGGAGACCCGCACCCGCCGUCAAGUGGAAAUCUCCGAGAUUGACGGUCGCCUGGCCCAGCAGUAUGAAGCCAAGCUGCAGCAGAGUCUUCAAGAACUGCGUGAGCAGCAGGAGGCCAACAUCAAGGCCAACCGCGAUGACAUCGAGGCGCUCUAUGAGAACAAGAUGAAGAACCUGCAAGCCGCAGCCAACCGCAACAGCUCGGCGGCCACCGUCGCCGUGGAGGAGCUCCGCACUAUGCGCACGCGCAUCGACAGCCUCAACGCCACGCUCAACGACUUGGAGAACAAGAACGCUGCACUCAGUAACCGCUGCCGCGAGUUAGAGCGUCAACUGGAGUCUGAGCGUGCCCGCCACGCCGAAGACCUGGCGUCUCUGGAGCAGGAAUUAGCGCGCCUUCGUGACGAAAUGGCGGCCCAGCUGCGUGAAUACGCAACCCUCAUGGACAUCAAGAUCUCGCUCGACCACGAGAUCGCCACCUACCGCACACUGCUCGAGGGAGAGGAGGACAGGUUGAACCUAACAUCCCAGUCGCCCGGUCGCGAGUCCCGCGCCUCUGCCAGCGGGAGCGCCAGCGGUAGUCGCGGCACGCCCGGCCGUCGUGCUACGCCCCUCCGCGCCGCGCGUAAACGCACACUAUUGGAUGAGAGCGAGGAACGCAGCCUGCACGACUUUAGUGUCACCUCCAGCGCUAAGGGAGAUUUGGAAGUGGCUGAGGCAUGCCCAGAUGGCACCUUUGUCAAGAUCCGCAACAAGGGCAAGAAGGAGCAAAGCCUAGGCGGCUAUCAGAUCCUUCGCAAGGCUGGCGACCAAGAGACGGUGUUCAAGUUCCACCGCACCGUCAAGCUGGAGCCGGGCGCGGUGGCCACGGUGUGGUCGGCCGACGCGGGCGCCGACCACGACCCGCCGCGCGACAUCGUCAUGAAGGGACAGAAGUGGUUCGUGGCGGAUACAUUCACCACCACGCUGGUUAACAACGACCAGGAGGAGGUGGCAGUGUCGGAGCGGCAGCGGCGGCAGGUCAGCACGAGCGCACAGCGGCACCGCGAGCUGGCGCACAAGUACCCGCGCCGCGAACAGCUGGGCGAGAUCCGAGAGGGCGACGAGAACUGCCGCAUCAUGUAAGCCGACGCACCCGGUGCCUAGCUUCGCUGGAGCCAGCCAUUGUGCCCUGUGGGCAACCUCCUCACUCCUCACGCGAUAAUUUCUUUAGAAUGACAGAUGACAUCAAAACUACAAUAGUUUCAUACCAUUAUUAACAAAUACCGUGUACUCGCUGUCCGGUCCAUACUUUUCGAAUUGAAUUGUAUAGUGUCGUAAUUUUGUGUUCAAUUAAUAAUCAUAAGGUUUAUAGAUAACUAUGACUAAAAGAAAUAGAGUACGUAUACUAAAGCUUGUAUUCUGAAACGAAGCUCAAAAUUUACCUGAUCGAGAUUCAAAUCUGUGAUAGGUUGAAGUUAAAAACUUGUUAGAUAUCAAUCACAGGUUUGAUCUUUUCUUACAAGAUUUACGAGUACUUACUUGAGUGUCGUUUUAUAAUAUAGGCCUUACUUAGUUUGCAUACGCUUGCCGAUAUAGACAGCACAUGCACAUCAGAAUUCAUAUCGGCGAUGGUUGUGAAAUGAACCAUCUGCUGCGCUAAAGAAAUCAACCGCCUCAAGUUUUCACGCCGUUUAUGGCCUUUCCUACAUUUAAGUCGACGUACUGUGAACAAAGUACAAAUUCUCGUUCACGCUGAAGAGGGUAAGUAUACAAAUAUAAAUGUUUUAUUGUUUUAAAUCCCCACCCUCGUAAUGCACUAGUUUUAAGUAAUUUUAUAUCAGUAAUAAUAUAAUUUAAAUCCCAUCAGAUAACAGAUGAAUAAAAGUAGAUAAGAUCUACUAAUAUAAUCGUAAUCUUAGUGACACGACUAGAGAAGAUCAUUGUAUUAGGUUAAGGUUCAGUUGACAGUAUCAUACUGGCAUAAAAUUUAGUUUAAGGCCCAGAUUUCAUUGUAUUAAUUGCUAUUUUAAAACAGAUAAACAGGUGCAAGUCUCAAAUAAAAGGCUCUCAUAUUGUAAGGCAGUAAACAGCAUUUAUACAAGUUCUUUACCUAAAUAAUGUUUAUGAUACUUGGUCAAAAAUAAUGAAUUAUAGUUUUAGUUUUUUUUUUUUCUCUUUAGAAAUAAUUCACUUGGGUGUUUUUCUUUUCGUUUGUAAUCACAAAGAGGAUUGAAUCUGAUUCAUCUAACUACGAUGUCAUAUUUCGGUUAUUAAAUAAAUCAUGAGACCUUUUUAAUUUGGACUCGGUUUAUAUCUUCCAAGUGUAAAAUACCUAUUAUUACAAAAUAAAAUUCUAUUUAGGGUUAAA